AUGGACAGAAUUAAGCUCCGGGAUGGGGGAUUCCUAGCUUAUAAAGAGACAGGUGUACCAAAGGAUGAAGCCAAUUACAAGAUCAUUCUUAUUCAUGGGUUUGGGAGCUCCAAAGAAAUGAACUUCUCCGCUUCAAAAGAGUUGAUAGAAGAGCUAGGCGUUUAUUUUCUGCCAGACCGUGCCGGGUAUGGAGAUUCUGAUCCAAACCCGAAACGUUCCUUGGAAAGCGAAGCAUUGGACAUAGAAGAACUUGCUUAUAAGUUGCAGUUAGGACCCAAGUUUUACCUCAUUGGAGUUUCCAUGGGAUCAUAUCCUACUUGGAGUUGCCUAAAACACAUACCCCACAGGCUAGCGGGAGUGGCGUUUGUAGCGCCGGUAGUGAACUACGKGUGGCCAUCGCUUUCAAAGAAGCUUAUAAAGAAAGAUUACAGGAGAGUUCUUAUAAAAUGGUGUUUUCGGAUAUCAAAAUAUGCACCUGGACUGUUGUUACACUGGUGGGAUCAGUCAGAAGCUCUUCCCAUCAAAUACUUCAGUCCUUGA